UGUGUAGGCAUUAGAGUCGAAUACAUUUCUGAUUUAUUGGUACCUUUGGACAAUUUGGACAGUUCAGGUCGUGCUGAACUGUUUCCUGUAAAAUAGCAGUGCUGUUCAGAAUGUUUGCAGCAUGCAUGCUCCGUGUGCAUGCUAAAAUUUAACUAAAAGGCACCUGUUGUACUCGGUAGUAGGUAGGAGUUGGGCCAUUGACUGAAGACAUUAAUAUGGCAUCACUUCUGCCAAUUCAAAAGGAACUCUCAGAUGCAUCUCAGGAGAAAGGCUUUCAGUCAUUUUUCCGGAAGCUCCCAGAGAAACCGUCGACGACGAUACGCCUGUUCGACCGUAAUGACUUUUACACAGUGCACGGCGAGGACGCGCAUGUGGCGGCGCGACGCGUGUUCAAGACGGCCUCCGUCAUCCGACAGUUCCGCGAGGGGGAGCACAAGCUGGACUAUGUGACGCUCAGCAAGUUGAACUUCGAGAGCUUCGUGCGCGAGCUGCUACUGGUGCUGCGCUACCGCGUGGAGGUGUACCGCUGCCAGGGCAGCAACAUCAAGACCAGCAGUGACUGGAAGCUGGAGUUCCAGGGCUCGCCGGGCAACCUGACCCAGUUCGAGGAGCUGCUGUUCGGCGCCGGCGGCAUGCAGGAGAGCAGCGGCGUGUUAGCCGUCAGGGUGACUCAGCAGGACGGUGGGACGACGGUGGGUGCCGCUCUGGGCGACGCCACGCUGCAGCAGUUCCUGGUGGCCGAGUUCGCCGACAGCGCCUCUCUGUCAAACCUGGAGGCCCUUCUCGUCCAGCUGGGGCCGAAGGAGUGCCUCGUUUCUGCCGGAGACCCGGCUGCCGACGCCGUCAAACAGAUGAUGGAGCGCAGUGGGGUGCUGCUGACGGAGCUGAAGCGGGCCGACUUCACCUCCCGUGACGUGGUGCCCGACCUCAGCCGCCUUCUCAAGUUCGGCAAGGGCCGCCAGGCCGACGCGGCCCUGCUGCCGGAGACGGGCCGCCCGCUGGCCAUGGCCGCCACCGCCGCGCUCAUCAAGUACCUGCAGCUACUGGCUGACGAACAAAACAUGGGCCAGUUCAGUCUGAGCACGUUUGACCUGACCCAGUACAUGCGGCUGGACUCGGCGGCCGUCGAGGCCUUCAACCUGCUGCCGACGAGUUCGAGAAGUUCCAGGAGAUGGUCCAGACCACAGUCGACAUGGACAGGGCCGACAAGGGGGAGUUUGUGGUCAGGCCUGAAUUCGACGACCAGCUGGAAGAGCUGCGACAGAAGAUAAACCAGCUGGAGGCGCAGGUGGAGAAGCAGCUGCGGAGGGUGGCCGCCGACCUCGGCCUGGAGGCGCACAAAACGCUGAAGCUGGAGAGCACCGCGCAGACCGGCUUCUUCUUCCGCGUUACGAAAAAGGAGGAGAAGCUGCUGCGAAACAACAAGAUGUAUCAGACGCUCGAGACCAACAAGAGCGGCGUCAAGUUCCGGUCGAGCGCGCUGGCCGCGCUCAACGACGAGCACCAGACGACGCGCGCCGCCUACACCGAGCAGCAGCGCGCCGUCGUCGCCGAGAUCGUCAACAUCGCCGCUGGAUACUUGGAGCCUAUGCUGGCGCUGAAUGAUGUGACGGCCCGGCUGGACGCACUGGUUGCCCUGGCAACGGCAGGGGUGUCCGCCCCGCAGCCGUACGUACGGCCGCGCCUGCUGGCGCCGGACGAGCCAGGUCCGACGCGGCUGGUGCAGGUCCGGCACCCCUGCGUGGAGAUGCAGGACGGUCUGGCUUACAUUCCCAACGACGUGGAGUUCGAGCGAGGCGUGUCGACGUUCAAGGUGAUCACGGGCCCCAACAUGGGCGGCAAGUCCACCUACAUCCGCUCGGUGGCCGUGGCCGUGGUCAUGGCCCAGGUCGGCUGCUUCGUCCCCUGCGAGAGUGCCCAGCUGCGGCCGGUGGAUGCCGUCAUGGCGCGCGUCGGAGCCGGAGACUGCCAGAUGAAGGGCGUCUCGACCUUCAUGGCGGAGAUGCUGGAGACGGCCGCCAUUCUCAGGUCAGCCACCAAGGACUCCCUGAUCGUCAUCGAUGAGCUGGGCCGCGGCACUUCCACCUACGACGGCUUUGGCCUGGCCUGGGCCAUCUCGAGUGAGCACAUCGCGCGCGAGCUGGGCGCCUUCACGCUGUUCGCCACCCACUUCCAUGAGCUGUCAGCGCUGGCGGCCGAGGUGCCGGCCGUGCAAAACCUGUACGUGACGGCACUGACGGCCGGGCAGGAGCUCACCUUCCUCUACAAGGUGCAGCCGGGCGUCUGCGACCAGAGCUUCGGCAUCCACGUGGCCGAGAUGGUCAAGUUUCCGCGGCAGGUGAUCGAGGACGCGCGCAGCCGAGCUGGCGAGCUGGAGGACUUCUACGGCUCGCACCAGGCGGCCACGGCCGAGCUGGCCGGCCCGCCCGAGAAGCGGGCCCGCGCCGACGGAGACCAGGCGAGCGAGGUCAUUACUUCGUUCCUGGAGCAGUAUGACCGACUGGGCGCCGACCUGAGCCCGGAGGAGCGGCGCCGGGCCGUCACCGAGCUCAUGGACGGCGUCAGGAGCCGGCAGGACCCGUACGUCAGUCACGUGCUGUCCCGGCUGGGGCUCCACUGACCGGCGGGGCCCGUACGUUUGUCACGUGCUGUCCCGGCUGGGGUUCCACUGACCGGCGGGACCCGUACGUCAGUCACGUGCUGUCUCGGCUGGGGCUCCACUGACCGGCGGGACCCGUACGUCAGUCACGUGCUGCCCCGGCUGGGGCUCCACCGAUCCGUGACGUUGUCCUGAAGAACUGUGCCAUGUGACGAGGCUGUAGCUGUUGGUGCGGAAUA